AUGUCAGCCAGUCAUGAUCAGAAUAUGGAAGGAAGUUCUACCGAGACACUAGAUGCGGCUCAACACGCUGCAACCGCCUUGGCUGGUGGCCAAACACCUCUCAUGGGCGCCCAAUCGGAUGCUGAGUUUGUGGUUGAUGUUUUCAUCGAAGCUGUCAAAGACGGAAAUUUAAAGGUGGUGAAAGAUGUGGUUGAAAGUGGAGCCAUCGAUAUUAACAAAGACUGCUGUGAUGAACUUCCGGGGCUGCAUUGGGCCUGUAUUAGGAAUAGACUUUCCGUAGCAAAAUUCCUAGUACAUAUGGGAGCGAAUCCUAAUCAAACAGCUGGCCCUGAGAGGGCUACCGCUUUGCACUGGGCCGCAAGAUAUGGUCACGUCUACAUUGUUGAUCUGCUUCUCAAGCAUGGCGCUGAUUCAAUGCUCGUGGACGGGCAGGGCCUUAACAUUUUGCAUUUUAGCGUCUACAGUUCCAAUAUUUUGCUUAUUGUUUAUGUCCUUUGUUUCGUCGUAAACAACAAUAACAAUAUCGACAUCGAUUCAAGGGAUAAGAAUAAUAGGACACCGUUAUUGUGGGCAGCAUAUCAAGGCGAUUUUCUCACUGUAGAACUUUUGCUAAAGUUUGGUGCCACUGUUGCGCUAGUAGAUAAUAGAGGUUUCAAUGCACUUCAUUGUGCCAUAAUAGGAGGUGACCAAAGGGUCAUAUGUGAUCUAGUCCUUAGCGGUGCAAAUUUUUACGAAAGAAAUAAUCAGAAGCAAGACUGUUUUGAUCUAGCUGAGGGAAUGGGAACAAAAUCACUAUUCGAGCACGCGUUACAACAUCAUGGAUAUGACAGACUUGGAAACCAAAAGGAUAAACUAUUCAGAAAAAUCUCGCAUGCACAGUUCACGACAUUUUUGUCACCUUUUUUACUUAUGAUUUACACUUACUCGAUUUCGCUGAUUCUUUCUCCAGUGCUAGCCAUCAUACUUUCUCUACUGGUAACCGUUGUUACCGUGAAUACUCUGAAAAAAUUUGUAUUACCUUCUUUUCCAAAAAGAAACAUCUACAAAGUUUCUUUAACAAGAACACCCUUUUUCAGUGGCCUCUUCUUAUCCACAUUCUGCUUUCUGAUAUUUAUAUGGACAAAAAAGUUGUAUCCAUACAGCGUUUCUGACUAUACUAUGAAAAACAUGCAAUUUUUAACAACUUCUCUUUUCACUAUCAUAAUAUUCCUGAAAUUGGUAAGAUCGGAUCCUGGAUGUCUAAAGACGGACGAUAGUUCCACUUCAAUACAAGAAACAAUAAAAAAGUUGAUUCAGUUGGGAAAAUUUGACAAGGAAAAUUUUUGCGUGGAAACUCUAGAGAGAAAAUCGUUAAGAAGUAAAUACUCUGUUUUCAGUGGGGCCCUAGUGGCCAGGUUUGAUCAUUACUGUCCAUGGAUUUAUAACGAUAUUGGCUUGAAAAAUCACAAGCUUUCUUUGUUUUUCGCUAUGACAGUCCAAUAUCACAUGUUUUUAUUCAUGUGGUUGAGUUUAGCGUAUUUUAAGAAAACCAACCAUAUUUACGAACAAGUUGAUGAGUAUGCAAAAUGUACAUUCCUCAAAAAUGAAACUUUAUGUAAAGGUUCCAAUUACGAUCCCUCUACCUUCUUUUUAUUCAUCUGGAUCAGUGUAAACUUUGUGUGGCUGGGAGCUAUGCUGAGUGUUCAGUUUUUCCAGAUAUUGAAGGGAAUUACAACUCCUGAAUUGUUCACUUUGAUUAAGGAAGAACGAAGAGCAGAGACUUUCAAUCUAAUACCAUUCGAGAACCCAAUAUAUUCCAUCCAGAAUACUAAGGACAGCGAUAUAAGGUCCGAAAGUCCAGUUGGGACAGCUGUCACUCACACUAUUUCUAUUGACAGUUUGGAACCAAGAGAUAAACGCCAUGCAAUUCUAAACGCGUGCUUUUCAAUGGUUGGUAUAAACCAGUGGCUUGUCACCCUCAAGGAAAUGUUCGGCAUAACCCACCUUUUGCGUGGGCAAAUUCAACCGCAACACCGCACUUCGUUGCUUCUAAACUUUUUAUUGACGAACCACUGGAAGACAAACUUGACAGAUUUUUGGUUAAACAGUGAUGUAACGGCGCCCUUAUGGCAGCGAUUCUUCUACUCUUCUGACACUUCAAAGGCUAUGCUAGGUGGUGUUGAAGUAGACUAUUACGAGUUAUACGAAUAUCCCGCCCGAGAUGGGGAAACGAUACGUUCAGGCUAA